AUGAGCUCAAUAGCUAAUUUGAAAGUUCCGUUAGUCGAAUUUCCGGAGCAAUCCGUGGAAGAUAAGAAAGCUAAUGAGUUCGGGCCCUUAACAUCGAAGGAGUAUUUGUAUGAAAUGAAAUCGCGAAAUGGAGAGCCUUUACAAGAAUUGAUCCUAGACACCCCCCCUUACUACGUCGUUGUCAUCACGUACCUAAACUACUUGAUACUUCUCAUAUUGGGACAUAUCCACGAUUUUUUAGGUUUAACGUUCCAAAAAGAUCGUCACCAGGACAUCAUGGAGAAGGACGGUCUGGCCCCUUGGUUUUCCAAAUUCGAAAGUUUCUACGUGAGGAGACUAAAACUGAGGAUUGAUGACUGUUUCUCUAGACCUACUGCUGGGGUUCCUGGUAGGUUUAUUUCAUGCAUCGACCGCAUUGCACACAACCUUAAUAGUUUUUACACGUAUCCAGGCACCUCCACGAUGUGCUUGAACCUAUCGUCAUACAAUUACUUGGGAUUUGCCCAGAGCGAAGGACUUUGUACCAGCAGCGCCCUGGACAGCAUCGACAAAUACGGCGUUUGUGCUGGCGGACCCAGGACGCAGCUCGGUACUUCCGAACUACACAUAUCUACUGAAAAACUUGUAGCGGAAUUUGUCGGAAAAGAAGAUGCUAUGGUGUUCUCUCAGGGCUACGGCAGCAACGCCAAUUUCUUCAACUCCAUCCUAGAUCCCAAGUGUUUAGUUAUUUCCGACGAACUGAACCACACCUCCAUCAGAACAGGUGUUCGUCUGUCCGGUGCUACUGUCAAGGCAUUCAAGCAUAAUAACAUGGAAGUUUUGGAGAAAUUGAUCAAAGACCAAAUUGUGAAUGGUCAGCCCAAAACUCAUAGGCCAUGGAAAAAGAUCCUUAUUUGCGUGGAGGGCCUAUUCUCUAUGGAGGGGACGAUGUGCAAUCUACCUAAGCUUGUGGAGCUAAAAAAGAAAUACAAAUGCUACUUGUAUGUUGAUGAAGCACAUUCUAUCGGAGCCAUUGGCCCUAAUGGUCGUGGCGUGUGCGACUAUUUCGGAAUUAGUCCUUCGAACUUGGAUAUCAUGAUGGGUACAUUUACCAAGUCUUUCGGUGCGGCUGGUGGCUAUAUCGCUGCUGACAAGAGUAUCAUUGAUCGUUUGAGGUGUGACUUGACCACCACCAAUUACGGAGAGUCAGUCCCAGCCGCAGUCCUGGCUCAAACUUGCACAUCCCUACGAAUCAUUACUGGUGAAUUAAACCCAGGUGAAGGCCUUGAGAGGCUACAACGUAUUGCAUUCAAUUCGAGGUACUUGAGAUUGGCUUUGAAGAGAUUAGGAUUCAUUGUUUACGGUAUCGCCGACUCCCCAGUGGUCCCCAUGUUAUUGUACGCCCCAUCAAAGAUGCCGGCUUUUUCAAGAAUGAUGUUACAAAGAAAGAUUGCUGUAGUUGUAGUUGCUUACCCAGCAACCCCUCUGAUUGAGUCGCGUGUUAGAUUCUGCGUAUCAGCUGCCUUGACUAAGGAGGAUAUUGACUAUUUGCUACGCCACGUCAACGAAGUUGGAGAAAAGCUUUUCCUUAAAGUAAGUUCUGGGAAAACCGCUAGAUGGGAUAUCGAGGAUGUGAUUAAGCACACCCCUGUCGAUUGUAAGGAUGAUAGAUUCUUCGCAAACUGA